CGGAAGGCGAAGCUGCUGCAGUGAGAUAAGACGAGGGGGUCGAGUACUGUAUGCUGCUCCAAGUGCUUAUCAAAAGAGUGAACAGACAAAGACGCCUAGAGUGUAUAUCAAAGUCAAACCACGACAUGGUUUUAUGUUGACAACUGUCAGAAUCAGCUUUAUUGCCAUUGUUAGUGAGGAUCUCACCGAGGAAAGUGUCUUGGUAAAUUGUGCAAUAAUGAACAAAAAUAAAUAAAUAAAUGAAACAAAAUAAUCACCUGCUAAUAAAAAGAUUAAUGGUUACAUGAAUCACAUACAGCAUUAGGUGCUUUUCAGACUGUUGAAUUCGUGAAUAGCCUUUUUUUAAUUUUUAUUCCAAAACACUUUCCUAGUUGGUGGGAUCCCCACUGACCAUGGCAAUAAAUUUGAAUCUGAAAUGUUUCAAACAGAGGUACAUUUUAAGGUGAAAACCAGAUGGUUUAUUGUAUUUUGCUGUGCAGGCAAAGGAGACAGAGCAACACAGAGACCAUAUAAAUGUUUAAUUUACCACUACAGAUUGUUCAAUAAUACAAAAAUGUUUGAUGAGUGGCUUGAACACCUCACCUCCUAGUGUAAACACUCUGAAAGGUGCCUGAGCCACCUCAGGCUUCCUUCAUGCGUAGUGCUAGAUCGUACAAACAGUGCAGGACAGGAAAUUCUAUUGAGAUUUCCGUCUGACAUAUUAUAGUUACUGCGGCAUUAUUAUCGAUAACAGCAUUGUUGAUACAAAUAAAAAAAAACGUCUAAUCUAAAACACAAAGACAUUGUUUUGCGCAAAAACAAAACAUGCAAAAGUUCAGUGAUCACGCCUUUUAUCCAAUUCCUCUCACAAACUGCAAAAAGCAAAACUCAACACUGACUGAAAACCUUGUGGUUUGAGCUUUAAAUUAAAUCAAAUACAUUUUGCGUCGUAUACAGGGAAGCUACGUAUGUAUGCACAGAGUGUUUAAAGCGGCGUUUGAAAUAAAACUACACUUCCCAUGAGGCCGGGCGUUGUUGUGAUGGCGUCACAGUGCACAGCUGAGCUCUUAAACGUUACGUCAGGAGUUUGACUGUCAAUGGAGUCAAGCGGUCACACUGAUGUUGAAGGUAGACAAGAGCAUUCUCAGCGAAGAAAGUGGUUUUAGAACAACCAAGGUUUAGGUUUGACAGACUAUCCGCCAUGGCCGAGGAACAGUUCCGGACCCAGUGAUCGCGUCGUCUGCAGCGGACGCCCCGUGUCAACAAGGAGGCCUGUGCUGUUGUAGCGGACAUGGCGGAAGAGACGGCGGUGGCCAUGCAACAGAAUCUGGACAGGAGCUGCUGGGUCUGCUUCGCCACAGACGAGGACGACCGCACUGCAGAGUGGGUGCGUCCAUGUCGCUGCCGCGGCUCAACAAAGUGGGUCCACCAAUCCUGCCUGCAGCGCUGGGUGGACGAGAAGCAGCGGGGCAACAGUACAGCGCGGGUGGCCUGCCCUCAGUGCAACGCAGAAUACCUCAUUGUCUUUCCUAAACUGGGUCCUGUGGUCUACGUACUGGACCUCUCAGACCGACUCAUCUCAAAAGCCGGACCCUUCGCCGCCGCCGGCAUCAUGGUGGGCUCCAUCUACUGGACAGCCGUCACCUAUGGAGCGGUGACCGUCAUGCAGGUGGUGGGUCACAAGGAGGGCCUGGACGUGAUGGAGCGGGCCGACCCCCUCUUCCUGCUCAUCGGCCUGCCCACCAUCCCCGUCAUGCUGAUCCUGGGGAAGAUGAUCCGCUGGGAGGACUACGUGCUGCGGCUGUGGAGGAAGUACAGCAACAAGCUGCAGAUCCUCAGCACCAUCUUCCCGGGGAUCGGCUGUCCGGUCCCCCGGAUCCCGGCCGAGGCCAGUCCCCUGGCAGACCAUGUCUCAGCCACUCGGAUCCUGUGCGGCGCCCUGGUCUUCCCCACCAUCGCCACCAUCGUGGGGAAGCUCAUGUUCAGCAGCGUCAACUCCAACCUGCAGCGGACCAUCCUGGGAGGAAUCGCGUUCGUGGCCAUCAAAGGAGCCUUCAAAGUUUACUUCAAGCAGCAGCAGUACCUGAGACAAGCCCAUCGCAAGAUCCUCAACUUCCCGGAGCAGGAGGAAGCCUGAGGAGUGAGAACCAGAGACUGUCAUCUCCUCCACCGUCCUCACAAACUUUCACUUUUGACCCGACGCGCUCGGACGCUGACACUCGCAUGUUGUUGUGGAGAGUUUUCUAACGUUGCUUUUGGAGCCAGAGAUUCACUGUGGAAUGUAUCCUGAUGAUCAAUAAAGAUUCUGAGCUGUGA